CUUAAAUUGACAUAAGCAUACCACCCCAGCAAUCGGGAUGGACUCUGAUCCAGUGACAGAACCUCAGCCUGAUGAAGAGAAGAAGUUGCCAGCUGCCGUUCGGGCAAGGAUAGAGCGAAACAGACAAAGGGCUUUGAUGUUAAGACAAGCCAGACUAGCCAGCAGACCGUACCCUACUGGUGAAGGAAUUUCUGCUAUGAAAGCUCCGCCAAAGAUUGUAGAUUCAGGAGGAGGAUUCUUUAUAGAGGAAGAAGAGAUUAAAGAGAAAACUGUGGAAAAUAUUGUAAAUCAGCCAGGUCCAGUGCUAGAAUGUGAUUAUCUAAUUUGUGAGGAGUGUGGCAAAGAUUUUAUGGAUUCCUAUUUAAGCAAUAACUUUGAUUUAGCUGUUUGUGAUGGAUGCAGAGACACUGAAGAAAAACAUAAACUCAUAACAAGGACUGAAGCCAAGAAAGAGUAUUUACUGAAAGACUGCGAUAUUGAUCAAAGGGAGCCUGUGCUAAAGUAUAUUUUAAAGAAAAACCCUCACAAUUCUCAUUGGGGAGACAUGAAGCUUUACUUGAAAUCGCAGAUAAUUAAACGUUCCUUAGAAGUAUGGGGUACCGAAGAAGCGCUAGAAGAAGCAAAAGAAGUUCGGCAAGAUAACAGAGAUAAAGUGAAGCAGAAAAAAUUUGACAAAAAAGUAAAAGAACUCCGCCGCGCUGUGAGGAGCAGUUUAUGGAAAAAAGAUACCAGUGGGCAUCACCACGAGUAUGGUCCAGAGGAACAUGUUGAAGAGGAUAUGUAUAAGAAGAAAUGCACAACAUGUGGUCAUGAAUUAAAUUAUGAAAAAAUGUAAAUUAAAUGCAAUAUAAUUAACUUUUUAUAUUUGAAAUAAAAUAUGGACUUGAAUUAAACAUUUUACUGUUCAUGUACUCACUG